GCGGUCGUGGCCGCACCCAGCCUGUAUCGGAACUCAUGGACGCGCCGGAGGUGAAGCACAGGUGUGUAGUCCCGCAGUUUGAAGGAGACUCAUCAGGAUCACACAACUUUUAAGUCUGAGGAAAACAACGGAGGAUUACUGCUGGAAAAAAAUCGCGAGGAUGCGAGAAAAUUAAGACAAUCAGCUUUUGGAGAAGAGGAUCGUGUGUUCCUCACCCUUAUUUAUUUUUCUCCUUCUUUGACUGUGACAUCUGUUUGGAUUCCUGUGGUGGAGCUUUGGCGUUUGUGCACAAUGAAUUUAAGGAUUACCAGACUAACGGGAGCUCUGCUUCUUUUUACAUUUGUAAGUCUUCUUUAUGGCUCUAAAGGAGAAAUUCCACCUAAACCAGCAACCAGUGGUGUCACCAUUGUGCCUCCCAUACAGCCUGAUGUUCCUCAGGCCUAUCCAGACACAGGUAAAGACAAUUUACCUGUGUUUACCAUGGAUUACCCGAGGAUACAGAUACCUUUUGAGAUCACUCUCUGGAUUCUGCUGGCUUCGUUUGCAAAGAUUGGUUUCCAUGUGUACCAUAAGAUCACCAUCUGGGUGCCCGAGUCAUGCCUUCUGAUCACCAUUGGUCUGAUAGUUGGGGGCAUCAUGCACUCUGUCAAUGAGGAACCCCCUGCUGUGCUGUCCAGUAAUGUCUUCUUCCUCUACAUGCUACCCCCGAUUGUCCUCGACUCAGGCUACUUCAUGCCCACCCAGCCUUUCUUUGAAAACAUCGGCACGGUGUUGUGGUUUGCAGUGGUGGGGACUCUGUGGAACAGCAUUGGCAUUGGCAUGUCUCUGUUUGCUAUCUGUCAGAUUGAGGCAUUCGGCGUUCAAGACAUCAACCUCCAGGAGAACCUGCUGUUUGCCACUAUCAUCUCAGCUGUGGACCCUGUGGCCGUGCUGAGCGUGUUUGAGGAUGUGUCUGUGAACGAGCAGCUCUACAUCGUGGUGUUUGGGGAAUGCCUCUUCAAUGAUGCUGUCACUGUGGUGUUGUACAACAUGUUCAACUUUGUGGCGGACAUGCCGGUGGUGGAGCCGGUGGACGUUUUCCUCGGAAUGGCGAGGUUCUUUGUGGUUGGGUUCGGUGGGAUGGGCUUCGGUAUUCUGUUCGGUUUUGUGGCCGCUUUCACUACAAGAUUCACCUCCAAGGUGCGAGAAAUCGAGCCGCUCUUCAUAUUCAUGUACAGCUACCUGGCGUACCUGGUGGCUGAGCUGUUCGCCAUCUCAUCCAUCAUGGCCAUUGUAACCUGUGCCCUCACCAUGAAGUACUACGUGGAGGAAAAUGUGUCCCAGCGUUCGUGCACCACCAUCCGCCAUGUUGUUAAGAUGCUGGGCUCCAUCUCAGAGACCCUCAUCUUCUUCUUCCUGGGGGUGGUCACCAUAACAACAGAACAUGAGUGGAACUGGGGCUACAUCCUGUUCACACUGCUGUUUGCUUUUGUGUGGAGAGGUCUAGGGGUCCUGGUGCUGACUCAGAUCAUCAACCCUUUCCGCACCAUCCCCUUCAACCUGAAAGAUCAGUUUGGUCUUGCCUACGGGGGCCUGCGAGGGGCAAUUUCAUUCGCCUUGGCUUUUACGCUUCCUGAUAACAUCCAACGCAAGCAGCUCUUCAUCACUGCCACAAUUGCUAUCAUCCUCUUCACCGUCUUUCUACAGGGAAUCAGUAUUCGUCCUUUGAUUGAGUUCAUCAACGUCCGCAAAACAAACCGCAAUCUGGGCACCAUCAACGCAGAGAUUCACUGCAGGCUCAUGGAGCACACCAUAGCUGGCAUCGAGGAUCUGUGUGGACAGUGGAGCCAUUUCUACUGGAAGGACAAAUUUAUGAAGUUCAACACUCGAGUCCUGCGGAGGAUCCUGAUCCGGGACAGCAGAGCCGAGUCCAGUAUUGUGGCUCUGUACAAAAAGCUGGAGCUGCAGAACGCCAUGGAGAUCCUGGACACUGUGUCUGGAGACAUCAGUGCUUCUCCGUCCAUCGUCUCUCUAUACGAGGAGAAGAAAAAUGCUGCUAAACCUAAGAAGAAGUUCCUGGCUGCUGACCUGAGGAACAUGCAUGACAUCCUGUCCAAGAACAUGUAUAAUAUCAGGCAACGGACGGUGUCAUACACAAACAAGCACAAGCUUCCCAAUGACACCCAAACGAGAGAGAUCCUGAUCAGACGCCAUGCAAGCAUCCGUCGAAGCAUCAGACCUGGCAGCUUUCAGACAUCGGUGGUACCCAAAUCUCAAAAAUACUUCUCUCUACCUGCUGGGAAAAAUCUGGACUCAAAGUUUCCUCCUAGGAGGUUGAGCAACACAGAUGAUCAGGAAACCAUGUCAGAAGCAGCCUACCCACCCAGACACUCUCGGUUUAACCAGCCGUCCCGCUCAUCCUCCAGAGCCAUGAUACCCCUGCGCAGACUCGACACCCUGCAGGAGUCUCCCUCCGUCAGCGUGCUGGAUGAAACCUCAGGAGAGGAGCGAGGCGGGACGGGGCGCGGCAUGCCCAGAAUAAACUCCUCCGCCAGUGACUCCCGUGUUCCUGCUCCUCGUCAUCCUUUUGAUGGUGGAGACAGGGGCUCCGUUGAUAACUUGAGAAACAGUCAUCAUGAAGCAGAGGAGGAGCAGCAGGAGCCUACGUCUCCUCCUCCAGCCUGGGCUGCUGAGGGCAGAGACAACACGACCAGAAACCCUCUACUCAGGAGGCCGCAGUGGAACCCAAAGAAGUAAUGGAAACCUCUCAGGGACUUUAAGAGCAGCUGGACUGCAACAGACUCAAUUUCUGCUCCUAAAGAAAACUGUGCCUUCAUACCACUGAAACAUUAAGCCAAUUUACACUGGAGAUCCAUUACUUUCUUAUUAGAGGUGAGAGUGUGCCUCCAAAAUGAGCUGAAAUGGACAGUAAAGUAGAUUUUUUAGCCAUAUGAGAGGCAGAGCACACUGCAGUGAAGUAACUGUACUCGUAGUUAUUUCAACCAUCACGUGAUUUUAGAUACUUUAUAUCCUGUAAGUUUUUAAUGCAGUUUAAUUUAAACUAUUUUAUGUCUUUACUUUCCAUGUAAAUAUUGUCUUUAUAUGUAUGAUUUUUUUGCUUUUUGUAUGUAAUGAAUGAGUCUACUUUUAUAUUUAAGGCCACAUGAAUUCAACAUGAGGAUCUAUUGCUGUGCAGAGUACUCUCAGGAAAAACUGAGGCCAUGUUUGUUUCACUGAUGGAGCUCAUAAAUCAGAGCCCAUUUCAUUAUCGUUUCACUUUCUGUAAUAAAUUUUCGAUAUUGUCGAGAACUGUCA